AUGUCAAGGUGGUGGAACUCCAAUUCGGAAUUCGCGGUAGAAGUAGAAAAAGCCACUUCAGAAACGCUUCCGACUGGAGCAGAAGAAAUUGCGUUGAAUUUGGAUAUUUCUGAUAAAAUCAGAAGCAAAUCAAUUGAUGCCAAAUCGGCUAUGCGAAUUCUUAAAUCGCGAAUUGAUCAUUCCAACCCAAACGUUCAGCUGCUGGCACUAAAGCUUUGUGAUACGUGUUUGAAAAAUGGUGGCUCUUCUUUUGUAAAUGAAAUUGCUUCUAGAGAAUUCAUGGAUAAUUUGGUGUCUAUCCUUCGUUCCCCUUCCGGAGUCGAUGAAGAAGUUGAACGGGCCAUUCUUUACUAUAUACAGUCUUGGGCACUUGCGGUCCCUGAGAAAAAUUAUAGUAUGCGAUACAUUGUGGAUGUAUAUGAGCGUUUACAGGAAGAUAAAUAUGUGUUUCCCGAACCACCGCAAGUCAUUUCCAGUAGUUUUCUUGAUACGUCCACUCCACCCGAAUGGACCGAUAGUCAAAAUAGGCCUAAUCGACAGGCUAAGUCUUCAAAAGAAGUAGGCGCAAAUGUCGGCCGCGAAGGUGUGUUUCAUAAGCCAAAGAAGCCUCAUCCCAAGACCCAAUCAUUCUCACCAAAUAAAGAAGAUGAAGACUUGAAAAGAGCUAUUCAGCUUUCUUUAAAGGAAUCAGAAGCAAAUCUAGGAAAGUCUUACCCCUCUGAAACCAGACCCCCGAAAACAGAUUCCUAUGCGCAUGGUCCUCCAGAAGAUGAGGAUGAAGAAUUAAAACAAGCAAUAGAAAUAAGUCUUCAGGAAGCUAAAAGCAACAGUAUUUCAAAUAAACAAGAAGAAACCGUUGUUCCUUCACAACAAACCAGUCAACCAUACAGUUAUCCAACUAUACCUUCCCACACGGUUUCUACUGCUCUACACAACUCCCCGUUUGCUUCCACAAACAAACCUCCCGAAUUUUCUGCAAUGAUAUCUAAUGCCGAUGCUGAUAAUAUUACUCUUUAUGCUUCACUGGUAGAAAAAUUGAAAAAGUCUCCUCCUGGUUCCAUUUUUACUGAAUAUCAAUUACAAGAGUUGCAUGAGAAUAUGGGUUUUAUGAGAGCAAAGAUGAUGAGGUCUUUGGGAGAAACUAUUAGCAAAUACAACAAGCUAUUACAAGCGUUUCAGAAGCUUCAAACUUGCAUGCGUUUGAAUGACGCUCUUCUCGACCAAAGACUUUCAUCUGCUUACCGCCAUCAUCCUUCUGAUCCAUCCUUUAAACUUCCCCAAAGCGUACAAAUUUCUGCUGGAAAUGAGGUUCCUUUCGAUGCUGAACAGUCGAUACCUCGUCCUCUUCCUCAAAACCUUUCGGUACAGAAAACAGCUACUAAUGAAGAAGCACCAAAGGAUAUAUCAAAUGAAACAACAGCGUCUGUUCGGUCAAGUGAACCGAUCUCUAGCUACUAUAAUAUAGAUGCUGAUGUUCCGGCAGAGUCUAUGGAGAACAUGAAAAUACACGAACUAAAGCAUGAGGAAACCAAAGAAACUUUCGCAGAUGAAAACAUUGAUGAUGCUAUUAACUAUUAUAAUAUUGAACCAGUUGAUUCUUUUAAGGAUGACAUUUCUUCCCACCAUCAAAAGCUAGAUAAUGGCAAAAUUUCUGACGGGAAGAACCACAAUGAUAAUGGAUUAGAAGUUCAAGAAGCCAGCUUGAUUGAACUGUAG